AUGCGUCUUUCGACUGUCCUUCCUUUUGCUUUAGCGGCAGCUCCCGCUGUGUCUGCUGCUGGAACUCUCGGGUUUGCUCUUGGCGUCAAGAACCCCGAUGGUUCUUGCAAGUCCCAGCAGGACUUCGAAAAAGAUUUCGAUGUCAUGAAAGCCCAUGCAAAGGUUGCUCGAACAUACGCCGCAGCCGACUGUAAUCAUGUUGAUGCCCUUGUGCCAGCCGCCAGAGCUAAGGGCGUGAGUGUUGUCAUAGGUGUCUGGCCCGAUACUGAGUCAUCUUUUAAUGCGGACGUACGCGCUUUACAAAAGGUUAUGCCAGGAAACGAAGAUAUAAUUGCCGCUGUUACCGUCGGCUCUGAGAGUCUCUACCGCCGCAACUUCACUGGCCCCCAACUAUUGGAGAAGAUCAACCAGGUCAAGAAGCUGUUCCCCAGAACCAAAGUUGGCACUGCAGACAGCUGGAAUAAAUAUGCUGAUGGCACUGCUGAUGCUCUGAUUCUUGGUGGUGUUGACUAUUUCCUUGUGAAUGCCUUCUCCUACUGGCAAGCACAGCCCAUCACAAAUGCCUCUGCUACGUUGUUCGAUGAUAUGAUGCAGGCCACCGCUCAUAUUCAAAAGCUCGCUGGUCAGCGUGCUGAUAACAUCUACAUUGCUGUUGGAGAGACCGGCUGGCCUUCUGAUGGUGGCACUGAUUAUGGUGCUGCCAAAGCCGGAACCCAAAACGCUAAGACUUACCAUGACAGCGCCGUCUGCGGAAUGCUGGCUUGGGGCUUCGACCUUUUCUUUUUCGAGUUUCUUGAUGAGCCAUGGAAGCCUAAGAGCAUUGGUCAAAACGGGGUCGCCGCCGACGAGACUCAUUGGGGCAUGUACACCGCAGAACGUAAGCCCAAAUACCGGGUUGAAUGCCAAUAA